AGCUUUUUUGAACAAUGGCAAAAAUAAAAAUAUAUAGUAUGUGAAAAGUGUAUAUAAAAACUUCAUUGCUUGAAUUUCAUCACUUGGUUGGAAUGAAUCAUGAGGCAGAAAAAUGGGCUCCUUUUGAUUUGUUUACCAUUCUUCUGUAUAUCCUAUUUUAUCUUGCAAAUCAACUACUGAAAAGCGGAAGAGGAACUGAUGUUAGUUUUGAAGUGAAUGGAGAAAUUUUUGCGGCCCAUAAAUUGGUACUAGCUGCACGGUCACCCGUUUUCAGAGCCCAAAUUUGUGGUCCUGUGAAAGAUCAGAAUGUUGAUUGUAUAAACACUGGCUACAACUUUAGCAUUAGCAGAGCAGCAUCAUUGUUUUCAGCUGAAAGCAGUCUGUCUCAAGUUUAUUGCAACCUCCGAAAACCUCAGAGGAUUUCUAAGGCUACAAUAAAUGAGUAUUUAGAGAAGAUUGAUGCCAUUGCAUCCAAACUACUUAACUUUGAGCUGUGUCGCCGCUGUCGAAUCUGGUCCAGCCGCCGUCCCCACUCCCACUGCUCCAGCACCGUCGCAGCUUGUCUAUCGUCGGGUUGCUUCACCUCUGUUCCAUGGCCGUUGUCUAUUCCAUUUCUGUCGCCUGUGCCCCACUUCUCCUUCUCCCUCAUCUCGAUUGACAAAGAGCUUCUUCAGGAAGUGGUUAAUAUGGGAUUUGACAGAAAUCAAUUGGUUGAAUCUUUAUGCAACAGGAUCCAAAAUGAGAUGGGGCUGGUGAUGAUUUGUUUAAAGAGUUAUGGAGGCUGUGUGCAGGGCCAUUAAUGGAUGUUCCUUGUGUUCAAGACAGAGUUUACUAUUUCCCUCAGGGUCACAUUGAAUUGUUGCCAGAACCUACAGAACAAGAUUUGAGGCAGAUAAAGAACAAGAAAUCUCCCAAAUACGAUCUUCCGUCGAAUAAGAUAUUUAAAGAACAAGAUUUUUUUCUCUUCUAUCAGAAGGUUAAUAAUUUUUAUUAGAAGAUACUUAUGUAGAAUACAAUAUUUUGGUUUUUUAUAGUUUAUUAGUAAUAAAUUCUAAGUGGUCUAAUGUAUAUUUUAAUAUGGGUAUGUUUAAUUUAGUGUGAGAUGUAUGAAUACUCAUUUAUGAUCAUCCCAAUAUUUUUAGUUCAUUAUAAAUAUAUUUUGUUAA